CGAGCCCGGCCCCGAGCGAGGAGGCUGCGCUGCUCGCACCGCGCCAGGGCGGGAGCCGGGCCUGGGCCGCGGGCGGAAACCGGUCGGGGGCGCACGGGCGGAGGUGUGGGCCGCGGUGCGGGCUGCCGAGGAGCCGCGGGGAUGGCAGUCCAGGCGGCGCUCCUCAGCACGCAUCCAUUCGUCCCCUUCGGCUUCGGGGGCUCCCCGGAUGGGCUGGGGGGCGCCUUCGGAGCCCUGGACAAGGGCUGCUGUUUCGAGGACGAGGAAACCGGGACUCCGGCCGGAGCGCUGCUGGCGGGUGCCGAGGGCGGGGACGUGCGCGAGGCCACCCGCGACCUGCUCAGCUUCAUCGACUCGGCGUCCAGCAACAUCAAGCUGGCGUUGGACAAGCCGGGCAAGUCGAAGAGGAAGGUGAACCACCGCAAGUACCUGCAGAAGCAAAUCAAGCGCUGCAGCGGCCUCAUGGGCGCCGCGCCCCCCUGCCCGCCCUCCCCGGGCGCCACCGACACGCCCGCCAAACGGCCACUGGCCGCUGCCGGCGCCCAGACCGUCGCGGUCGCGACUCACGGCAAGGCGGCCCCCCGGCGGGAGGCGUCGCAAGCUGCGGCGGCCGCCAGCCUGCAAAGCCGGAGCUUGGCCGCGCUCUUCGACUCGCUGCGCCACGUCCCUGGGGGCGCCGAGUCGGCCGGGGCUGCGGUGGCGGCGACCGCGGGCGGCCUCGGCGGAGCUGGCGCUGGGGGAUCCGGAGGGGACGCGGCCGGCACCGCGGGAUGUCCGGUGGUCCCCGGUGCCAGGAAGGUCCCGCUGCGGGCCCGCAACCUGCCCCCGUCCUUCUUCACCGAGCCGUCCCGGGCGGUCAGCGGCGGAUGCGGCCCGUCGGGGCCCGGCGUGAGCUUGGGCGACUUGGAGAAGGGCGCCGAGGCAGUGGAAUUCUUCGAGCUGCUGGGGCCCGACUACUGCCAGGGUACCGAGGCGGGCGUCUUGCUGGCUGCGGAGCCUCUUGAUGUGUUCCCCACCGGAGCAGCGGUCGUGCGGGGAUCCCCAGAGCUGGAGCCCGGCCUCUUUGAGCCUCCGCCCGCAAUGGUGGGAAGUCUACUGUAUCCCGAGCCCUGGAGCGCUCCGGGCUGCCCAGCGCCCAAGAAGCCGCCCCUCGCUGCCCCUCGCGGCGGCUUGACCUUGAACGAGCCCUUGCGCCCUCUGUACCCCGCCGCCCCGGACUCUCCGGGCGGGGAGGACGGGCCUGGUCUUUUGGCCUCUUUCGCCCCUUUCUUCUCAGACUGCGCUUUGCCCCCGCCGCCGCCCCAACAGGUGUCCUACGAGUACAGCGCUGGCUACAGCCGCUCCGCGUACUCCAGCCUUUGGAGACCUGAUGGGGUUUGGGAAGGGGCGCCCGGAGAGGAGGAGGCGCCCCGGGACUGACUUCGAGGUACUCUUCUCUCCCAAUAAAAGACUGCUCUGGGGGACUCCUGCCUCUGGGUCUCUCCCAAGCCUAAAGAACGAUGGGAAAAUGCACAUGGAGUUGAAACGGGGUUUUAAAAAUUCAAUUAAUAAAAGAAACUUCGGAGAAAGAAAUGCAGAGAAGUUGGGGGUUGUUUUAAUCACAGCCUUGUGUGGUGUUUUUCUUUUUUUAAAGCAGUUGGUAGGUUCUUACCAAGAAACCACUUCGUCGUUUAGGGAAUAGGGUGGGAUGGCGAAAGGGACAGGAAGUGGCCUCUGUAGCCACCUGUUCCUUUCCCAACUUUUCAUCACAAGGCCAGUGUAUUUAGGGUAAUUGCCCCUUCCAAACGGUAUCCUGGACCUUCCCCUUCCCUCCCCUUGAGUGUGUUAUGAAUUAAAGCCUAUAUUGAAAAGAA